CUCUUUGCCAUUCCUGUCCUUUGGUUUACUUCUGCCUGUGACUACUCCUUGUAGUAUUCCGUGUUUUUUUGCGAAGUUACUGACGCUGUGGAAGUAGUGUGGAAAAUAGCUGAUGUUCUUGCAUAUCUAAAGUAGGGGAGUUGUGAAAAAAUCGCAAGUUUUAUACUUUCUGUGAAAGAUGUCUCAGAACAGAGGAUAUCGUCGGGAUGGCAGGCAGUCCUAUCAGAUGAACUCUUCAGCACAUUACGGUGGUCGUUCUGGGCAGCAGAUGAAUGUGAAUCCAUGGGAAGGGGGCUUGGUUCCAGGAGGAAGAUCUGGAGUAGGAGGCUUGCUGCCAACACCUCCACAAUCAUCAAAUCUCUUGUCCCAGUUAUCAUCACCUGAAGCACAAUUGGCUCUUGCUAGCAACCUGCUGUCAACACUGCUGCGACCUCAGCAGCCUUCCCCCGAAGUACCAUCUUUACUGAGUUUGGGUUCACUUGGUCAUCUGGGAAAUGCACCAGGCGGUUCUGGGUAUAGGCAGCAUUCUGGCUAUGGUCCUGGCAGAUAUCAGGACCCUGGUCCUAACAGGCGUAAGCGUAUGGAAUCACGGAGACAAGAACCGUACAAUAAGCCCACGCAGGGUCGUCGCCCUGCCCCUGCCAGGGGGGGUCCCGAGAGGAAGCCUGGUGGUAGCCAGGGGUUGCGAAGUCCUAGCAUAGGGAAAAGUCGCAGUGGCUCAGGCACCAAACCUGGGGUUAAAGCUGACAGAAAGGAUGAUGACAAAGAACCUAAGAAAGACAAAGACCUGGAGGAUGAUAAAAGUAGUGGAGCAGAAAAGAAAACUGAUGAAGAGGAUGUUAAGAGAGAUGAAGGUGAAGAUGGUGAGAAGAAGAGGGAUUGGAAGGAUGAGAAGAAGUCUGAAGAAUUGUCAGGUGCUGAUAAAGACGAAAAUGAGGAUGACAAGGAAGAGGAUGAGAAAGACAAGGGUGUGGAGAAAGUGCCAGCCUCUCGAUACAGUGGCAUUCCUCCAUCACUGUUUUACUGUCACGUCUGCAAGAAGCACAUGUGGGACGAAAAUUCAUUCCAGAACCAUUUGAAAGGAAGAACACACCAAUUGAUGAUGGAUAAAUUGGAAGAGAGUUACAAGAUAAGGGUGGAGCUCAUGAGACACGAGCAAAAGGUGGCAGAGCAGCAACGAGAAAUUGAGAUGGAACGAAUGAAACGCCAGGGCAAAAAAGUGAACAUGAACAUCCGGGAAUACUGCACCAUGUGUGACUUGCACUUCUUUGGCAACCUUAUUGUGCAUCGCAAAAAUGAUCGUCAUCAGCAACUGAAGAACUUCCUUCAUCCCCGGUGUUUGCCCUGUGGAAAGGAAUUCCCAACUCGUGUUGAAUGGGAUCAUCACAAACUCACGCCCCUGCAUCUGAAGAAAACUGCAGAAGCUCGUAAAAAUCGGAAGUCUGGUUCAGAUGACGAGUUUGGAAUUGAAGAACUGAUUUCAGGAGGAGGUGGCUUUGGAGAUGACUUUUCCAAGAGAGAGAUUAAAGUAAGGACACGAGAAGAGGAAGAGGAUGAAAUAAAAGAAGCUGAUAAAGUUAAUGAGACUGUUUUGGGAAAAGAAAAGAGUGGUGGUCCAGAAAAAGAUGAAGGGGUAAAUAAGGAUGCUGAAGGGAAGGACGAAGGAGAGGCAACAGUAAUAGGCAAUCUGCGUUUACGGGUGCCCAAGUACAAUCCUGAAGUAGCAGUCGGAUUAAGUCUUUUGAAGAAGAUGACUGGUCAGACAUGUCGGGCUUGUCACAGAUUCUUCAUUAAUGUGGAAGAUGCUAAAACACAUUGCCGCACAUUAAUGCACUACAACAAUUUUGUAGAAUUGAUUAAAGAAAAGGCAAAAGCUGCCGAGGCCAAGGAAAGACGGGAGGCGAAGGCCGAGGCCAAGAAGAGGGAAGGAAGUCUAGAAAGUACAGAGAAGGCUGCAAAACGUACAGAAGACAUGAACACAGUGGAUGAUGAAGGAAACUGGAAGCGUCGCAAAGUGGCAAAUGCCGAAGAAGACGAAGAUGCAGAUGCAGAUGCACUUGUGUCCACGCCAACCGAUGGUGGUAAAGUAAGUGAGACAGCAGCAACCACGAAUCCAGUUGUGAAAGAAGAUAUUUCAGAGGCUGUGCCAACAAAUGGGAGUCAGAAAUAUGACCCGCUGGAGGCAGAUGCGGAGGAGUCCAACCCUGAGGAUGAGAACAAAGGCACUCAGUCUCAAACACCAGUGAAGGAGGAGGAAGAGGAGGAGGAGGAUAAAGUAAAGAAUAAAAAAGAAAAUAGCAUUGUUGGAGAUGAUAAUCUGUGGGCAGAGGUGGAUCGUGACCUUGGAAGUAUUCUAGACACUGUUGAUGGUGAAGCAGAGACCGAGAGUCUGAAUGAUAUGACGGAAGAUGAGUUACUAAAUAUAAAGCAGGAAUCGGACUCGCCUGCAAAGGUAAGCCGCAACAGCACUCGGAACAAGGCGACCAGAGGGUCCCUGACUCCCAAGACCCGUGGAAGAAAGAAGAAGUAAUUCGAGCAUUUCUUUUACUUAUUGACAGGUAUGAAUAGAAAGAAGAGUUAUGUUUUGUCCUCUUACAGUAGAAUGUAAGUUAUAAUAAGGCAUUGAAGUUUUCCUUCUGAUAUUGUAUGUUGCUAAUGCAUUUGAUUGCAUAACUCUGUGUAUGUCAUAACAUUAGUAUGCGACAGCUACAGUAUAUCAUAGUUUGUAGGAAGUCUGAUUUGGAAUUUCAUAUUGCAUCACUGUGUCCUGAACUGCAUCAUACCCUUGUAUACAAAACAGAAGAAUGAGAAACAUUUCGAUACUGGUAUUUUGAGAGUUGUUAAGAUUAAGAUAAUUGAAGUCAUACAGACUGGAGACAUUUAAGAAAUUAAAACUUCUGAAAAGUGUUCAUUUGUGAACUGUUGUAUCAUU